AUGGCUUCACAACCCCAGUCAUGGAAGGAGUGCCGCCCGGCCAACAACCUCCCAUUUGACGACGACCUUGAUGCCGUUGCCGGGCAUCAAACAGCAGAAAGACGGCCCAAGAUGGACGCUUAUUGCCGUUACCUCGUGCCGGAGCCGGAGAAGUCCCUUGAGGAUAUCCGUAGCAAGGGCGAAGAGGUUGGCUUCCAGCGUUUUUUCAACCAAGGGCACAAGGAAGUAAUACACGAAAGAGUGGAAUUCCUUGUCGAUAAAUACGUCUGGCUGGUAUUUCUCAAGCAACUGGCCGAAGACAAGCGUCCGGCCUUUCCCUGGGCCAAGAUCCAGCUGGGCGACAUUCCUGAUACGGGUCUGUCUGUCAAAUACGAACAACGGUUGGCUGCCCGAAGCAGCAACCCGCCGCCCACCGCCGAGGGGCCUGCCGCCGAAACGCCCGCGCCGAGCGAGGCUGCCAAGAAGGAGGUUACCGCCAUCCUUGGGCAAAAUGCCACCGUGCAGGCAACCAAGACUGCCUUGAGCAAUUGGGUCAUGGUAUCCAACUCCAAGCUCACUCUUGCCGACCGCAUCAACCUGGCGGCUACAGUUUGGCGAGCUGCUGCCAAGAACCUCCAGGAGGAUGCCAUUACCUUCUGGAUUGUCGAGGUUCGCGCGCUGCUGCAGAACCUGGCCAGGCAAAUGUAA